CAAACCUGGAUGGCGGCAAAGCGGAGCGGCGGAUGUAUAUUUCUGGGGUAAACUGUGAAGAUGCUGAAGUUUAAAUAUGCCGCGCGGAGUCCGAUGGAGCCAGCUUCCAUGGAGCCCAUAGCUAGCCGUGCUUCUCGGCUGAACCUGCUCUUUCAGGGGAAGCCACCCUUUGUGACUCAACAGCAGAUGUCUCCUCUCUCCCGGGAAGGCAUCCUUGAUUCCCUAUUCGUUCUUUUUGAAGAAUGCAGCAAUCCUGCUUUAAUGAAAAUUAAACAUGUAGGCAACUUUGUAAAAAAGUAUUCAGAGACUGUAGCUGAGUUACGGGAACUGCUGCCCAGCGUGAAGGAUUUUGAAGUAAAAAGUCUGGUGGGAAGUGGUCAUUUUGCAGAAGUACAGGUGGUGAGAGAGAAAGUGACUGGUGAUGUCUAUGCUAUGAAGGUGAUGAACAAGGAAUCCUUGUUGGCACGAGAACAUGUGUCAUUUUUUGAAGCAGAACUGAGUAUAUUAUCUCGGAGUAGCGGUACUUGGAUCCCACAGUUACACUAUGCGUUUCAGGACAAAAAAAAUCUCUACUUGGUUAUGGAGUAUCAACCUGGAGGAGACUUAUUGUCACUCUUAAACCGAUAUGAAGACCAACUAGAUGAACGUAUGGUGCAAUUUUAUUUAGCAGAGCUGGUUUUGGCCAUUCACAGUGUCCAUCAGAUGGGCUAUGUACACCGAGAUAUCAAACCAGAGAAUGUUCUCAUUGACCGACUAGGACACAUUAAACUUGUGGACUUUGGGUCAGCUGCCAAAAUGACAGCGAACAAAACGGUGAAUGCCAGGCUGCCUGUUGGCACCCCAGACUACAUGGCACCAGAGAUGCUAACUGUUUUGAACGGGGAUGGUAAAGCUUCACAUGGCCCAGAGUGCGAUUGGUGGUCUUUGGGAAUCAUUGCUUAUGAUAUGAUUUAUGGAAAAUCUCCAUUCACUGAAGGGACCUCAACAAAAACCUUUAAUAACAUCAUGAACUUCCAGAGGUUCUUGAAGUUCCCAGAAGAUGUGAAAGUCAGUAAUGAAUUUCUUGAUCUGGUCCAGAGUCUGCUAUGUGGGCCAAAGGAGAGGCUUGAUUAUGAGGGUCUCUGCUGCCAUCCAUUCUUCUCUAAAAUUGACUGGAAUAACAUCCGUAAUACUCCUCCCCCCUUCGUUCCUACCCUCAGGUCUGAUGAUGACACCUCAAAUUUUGAUGAACCAGAGAAGAAUUCGCGGGUUUUAUCCUCUCCGCGGCAGUUGAACUCAGCCGGCUUCUCGGGUGAAGAUUUGCCGUUUGUGGGGUUUUCCUUCAUCAAGGCUCUGGGGAUCCUCAGAUCAGAGUCUGUUGUCCUGGGGUUGGACUCUCCAGCUAAGAUCAGCUCCAUGGAAAAGAAACUCCUUCUAAAGAGCAAAGAGCUGCAGGACACCCAGGACAAGUGUCACAAGAUGGAGCAGGAAAUGACGCGAUUGCACCGGAGGGUGUCAGAGGUGGAGGCUGUACUUAGCCAAAAGGAGGUGGAACUGAAAGCCUCUGAGACCCAGCGAUCCCUCCUGGAGCAGGACCUGGCAACCUACAUCACAGAAUGCAGUAGCUUAAAGCGAAGCCUGGAACAGGCACGGAUGGAGGUGUCUCAGGAGGAUGACAAGGCACUACAACUUCUUCAUGAUAUCAGAGAGCAGAGUCGAAAACUGCAGGAGAUCAAAGAACAGGAGUAUCAAGCCCAGGUGGAAGAGAUGAGGUUGAUGAUGAAUCAGUUAGAAGAGGAUCUUAUUUCAGCUCGUAGACGUAGUGAUCUCUAUGAAUCGGAGUUGAGAGAGUCACGAUUGGCAGCUGAAGAAUUCAAACGUAAAGCUACUGAAUGUCACAACAAACUACAGAAGGCUAAAGACCAUGGGAAAACUGAAGUAGGAGAGCUGUAUUCCAAACUGGAGAAGAUCAAUACAGAGCAGCAGACCAAAAUCCAGGAGCUGCAGGACAAGCUGGCAAAGGCUGUGAAAGCCAGCUCUGAGGCAACUGAACUUCUUCAGAAUAUCCGUCAGGCAAAGGAGAGAGCAGAGAAAGAGUUGGAGAAAUUGCAGAAUCGGGAAGACUCUAAUGAAGGCAUGAAAAUGAAACUGCUUGAAGCAGAGGAACGGCGCCAUUCUCUGGAGAAUCAAGUGAAGAGAUUGGAGACUGUGGAACGCAGAGAAAACCGACUAAAGGAAGAUAUUCAAACUAAAUCUCAGCAGAUACAACAGAUGGCAGACAAAAUUUUGGAGCUGGAGGAAAAGCAUCGUGAGGCUCAGCUGUCAGCACAGCAUCUGGAAUUGCAGCUGAAACAGAAAGAGCAGUUCUAUGAUGAAAAAAUCAAAGUGCUAGAUGCUCAGAUGAAGAAAGAUCUUGCCGAUAAGGAAGCACUUGAGAAUAUGCUGCGAAGACAUGAAGAAGAAGCACAUGAGAAAUGCAAAAUUCUGGCUGAGCAGAAGGCGAUGAUCAAUGCCAUGGAUUCGAAGAUAAGGUCAUUGGAGCAGAGAAUAGUCGAAUUGUCUGAGGCUAAUAAACUGGCAGCAAAUAGCAGCCUUUUUACACAGAGAAACAUGAAAGCCCAGGAGGAGAUGAUCUCAGAGCUCAGACAGCAGAAGUUCUACCUGGAAACACAGGCUGGGAAGUUAGAAGCCCAGAACCAAAAACUAGAAGAGCAAUUGGAGAAGAUCAGUCUUCAGGACCAUACUGACAAGAACCGCCUGUUGGAGUUAGAGACUAGACUGCGAGAGGUUAGCUUAGAGCAUGAAGAACAAAAGCUGGAAUUGAAACGACAGUUAACAGAAUUGCAGCUGACCCUCCAGGAAAGAGAAUCUCAGAUUUCAGGGCUUCAAGCUGCACGAUCAGCCCUAGAGAAUCAGCUCCGUGAGGCUAAAACUGAACUAGAGGAGACUACAGCUGAGGCAGAGGAGGAGAUUCAAGCUCUCACGGCACAUAGAGAUGAAAUCCAGCGUAAAUUUGAAGCCCUUCGUAAUAGCUGCACAGUGAUUACAGACUUGGAAGAACAGCUGAACCAGCUGAGUGAGGACAAUGCAGAACUGAACAAUCAGAAUUUCUUCCUGUCAAAGCAGCUUGAUGAGGCCUCUGGGGCCAGUGAUGAGAUAGUACAGCUGCGAAGUGAGGUUGAUCACCUCCGUCGAGAGAUCACUGAGAGGGAGAUGCAGCUCACCAGUCAGAAACAAACAAUGGAGGCCUUGAAGACAACAUGCACAAUGCUGGAAGAGCAGGUGAUGGACUUAGAGGCCCUGAAUGAUGAACUGCUAGAGAAGGAACGUCAGUGGGAAGCAUGGAGAAGCGUUCUAGGGGAUGAGAAGUCCCAGUUUGAAUGUCGGGUGCGAGAGUUACAGAGAAUGUUGGACACAGAAAAACAGAGCCGAGUGCGAGCAGAUCAGCGUAUUACUGAAUCCCGCCAGGUGGUAGAACUAGCUGUUAAAGAACACAAAGCAGAGAUUCUUGCUCUCCAGCAAGCACUGAAGGAGCAAAAACUCAAAGCUGAGAGUCUUUCUGACAAGCUCAAUGAUUUGGAGAAGAAGCAUGCAAUGCUGGAGAUGAAUGCACGCAGUUUACAACAGAAGCUUGAGACAGAACGUGAGCUCAAACAGAGGCUUCUGGAAGAGCAGGCAAAGCUGCAACAGCAGAUGGAUCUGCAAAAAAACCACAUCUUCCGCCUGACUCAAGGCCUUCAAGAAGCUCUGGAUCGAGCAGAUCUUUUGAAGACUGAAAGGAGUGACCUAGAGUACCAACUGGAAAACAUUCAGGUUCUCUAUUCCCAUGAAAAGGUGAAAAUGGAGGGCACUAUUUCUCAGCAAACCAAACUCAUUGACUUCCUGCAAGCAAAGAUGGACCAGCCAGCCAAAAAGAAGAAGGGCCUGUUUAGUCGGCGGAAAGAGGACCCUUCUUUACCCACACAGGUUCCCCUGCAAUACAAUGAGCUGAAAGUGGCCCUGGAGAAGGAGAAGGCCCGUUCUGCUGAGCUGGAGGAGGCUCUACAGAAAACACGCAUUGAACUCAGAUCUGCUCGAGAAGAAGCUGCCCAUCGGAAAAUAACAGACCACCCUCAUCCAUCCACUCCUGCCACAGCCAGACAGCAGAUCAUCAUGUCUGCCAUUGUCCGCUCCCCAGAGCAUCAGCCAACUCCCAUCAGCCUGCUUGCUCCACCCUCAAGUCGCAGAAAGGAGUCCUCCACACCAGAGGAGUUCAGUCGGCGUCUGAAAGAGCGAAUGCACCACAAUAUCCCUCACCGUUUCAAUGUGGGGCUAAAUAUGAGGGCAACAAAAUGUGCAGUGUGUCUGGAUACUGUGCACUUUGGACGUCAAGCAUCUAAAUGUCUUGAAUGCCAAGUGAUGUGUCACCCAAAGUGCUCAACAUGCUUGCCAGCUACAUGUGGACUGCCUGCAGAAUAUGCCACACACUUUUCUGAAGCCUUCUGUCGGGACAAAUUGAACUCUCCAGGACUGCAGCUGAAGGAGCCAAGCAGCAGUUUACGUCUGGAAGGAUGGAUGAAGGUGCCAAGGAAUAAUAAGCGUGGACAGCAGGGCUGGGACAGGAAAUUCAUUGUCCUGGAAGGAACUAAAGUGCUAAUUUAUGAUGCUGAAGCAAGAGAAGCUGGACAGCGGCCUGUGGAGGAGUUUGAGCUGUGCCUUCCUGAUGGAGAUGUAACUGUUCAUGGGGCUGUCGGAGCUACUGAACUCGCAAAUACAGCAAAGACAGAUGUGCCAUAUAUACUGAAGGUGGAGUCUCAUCCACACACCACGUGCUGGCCUGGUAGGACACUCUACUUACUAGCACCUACUUUCCCUGAUAAGCAGCGCUGGGUCACUGCUUUGGAAUCAAUAGUGGCAGGAGGGAGAGUUUCCAGGGAAAAAGCUGAGGCUGAUGCUAAACUGCUUGGAAACUCCCUGUUGAAGCUUGAGGGGGAAGACCGUCUGGAUAUAAACUGCACAAUGCCCUUCAGUGACCAGGUAGUACUCGUUGGUACAGAGGAAGGUCUCUAUGCCCUGAAUGUGUUGAAAAAUUCCUUAACACACAUUCCAGGACUUGGUGCUGUUUUCCAAAUUCACCUCAUAAAGGAUCUGGAUAAACUGCUCAUGAUAGCAGGAGAAGAGAGGGCUCUGUGUCUUGUUGAUGUAAAGAAAGUGAAGCAGUCUCUAGCCCAAUCUCACCUCCCAGCCCAGCCUGAUAUCUCACCAAGCAUCUUUGAGGCUGUCAAGGGAUGUCACCUUUUUGCUGCCGGCAAGGUUGAGAACGGACUCUGCAUCUGUGCAGCCAUGCCCAACAAAGUGGUGGUUCUGCGCUAUAAUGAGAGCCUCAGCAAGUUCUGCAUCAGGAAGGAGAUUGAAACUUCAGAGCCAUGUAGCUGUAUCCAUUUGACCAAUUACAGCAUCGUCAUCGGAACCAACAAGUUCUAUGAAAUUGAGAUGAAGCAGUAUACCCUGGAGGAGUUUCUCGAUAAGAAUGACCACUCCUUAGCCUCUGCUGUGUUUGCUUCUUCCACCAAUAGCUUCCCAAUCAGUAUCAUACAGGUGAACCCUACAGGACAGAGGGAGGAGUACCUGCUUUGUUUCCAUGAGUUUGGCGUCUUUGUGGAUUCCUAUGGAAGGCGCAGUCGGACAGAAGACCUGAAAUGGAGUCGCUUGCCUUUGGCUUUUGCCUACAGAGAACCCUACCUGUUUGUGACUCAUUUCAAUUCCCUUGAAGUGGUUGAGAUUCAGGCGCGUGCUUCUCUGGGCACUCCUGCACGAGCCCACUUGGAUAUCCCAAAUCCUCGGUAUCUAGGGCCGGCAAUUUCAUCUGGAGCAAUUUACCUGGCCUCCUCCUAUCAGGACAAAUUAAGAGUGAUCUGCUGUAAGGGAAAUCUAGUGAAGGAGUCCAACAAUGAACACCACAGAGGAUCUUCCGCUACACGCAGCUGUCCGCGCCCAUUGUUUUUGAAUGACAGCAGCCCUAAUAAGAGAGGUCCCCCCACAUAUAAUGAGCACAUAACCAAGCGGGUAGCAUCAAGCCCAGGGCCACCAGAAGGUCCAAGCCACCCUCGAGAACCAAGCACACCACAUCGGUAUCGAGAGGGAAGGACAGAGCUGCGCAGGGACAAGUCUCCUGGGCGACCACUGGAGAGAGAGAAAUCUCCAGGCAGGCUUCUGAGCACCCGCAGAGAAAGGUCCCCUGGAAGGUUGUUUGAAGAGCCCAGCAGGGGGCGAACGCCUGUGGGAGGUGCAAGAACUCCACUCUCACAAGUCAAUAAGGUCUGGGACCAAUCUUCAGUAUAAGUCUCAGCUAGACAAACUUACUCCUCAUCGUGAUCUGCAGGAAAAACAAAGGAAAUGUACUGAGUAUAUGCACUCCAUGCUUCUGCUGCCCACUUACCAAAACCACCGUCUUGGGCCAGAACUGGCUCCGCGUCAGGAGGCAUGUGACUCUAACAAGGAUUGUCUGCCUCUCAGUUUAUUUCCCUGCACCUUCCUGCAGUCAUACUUUUUGCACUUUGUACUACUGUUACUCUUUCAAGCAGUUCAUAAACUUUUUGUACUCUAGCUUUAGUCCUUAACAGUUCAUCAAGGAAAUCAAAUGGGAUGAGGAUCCCAACCCAAAUCUUAAUGUGGUUAGCACCAUUUACCAGAUAAUAAAUCAUAGUUUUGAAAAAGAUGCUGGAAUUUAUCAUGGCCUUGUAAACUGAAAGGCCAUGGUGACUUGGUUGCAAUAGACAGCAUCACUGGAUAUUCUCUACAGAGCUCUAGAGAAUUAACCUGGAUCCAUUUGUUCCCCUGCCACUUUCAAAGCUCAUUCUCUGUAAAAUUGCCCCAGUGCAGCUUUGUUCAGCUGGAUGAUGAGGAGGGCAGAUCCCCUGAUUAGAUGGUCACAAUCCCCCAAGCCCUAAAACAAAGUGCAUUGUCUCUGACGUACUGGGGUACAAGACUCUUUACCCAGGUUUUCUGCAUGGCAAUUCACUGCAUGCUGCUGCACCAUCACUCUGGCUGCUCUCACCUUUUAGGUUGCUGUGCUAAGUAUUGUAUUGUACCUCACUUGUAAAUUAAUUGAAGCCUUUAGAUUACGCUGCAAAAUAACCGCCAUGAUUUACUGGAGAAUUUGGCACAGAAGAGAGUUACAAUCCUUAUUAUAUGACAAGAGAACUACAAUCGCUGUCCCUCACCUUCACACACCCCAGUGGUAAACACAGGCCCAUUCAGAAAUUGUAUCAAAAUCCUUAGUCAUCAUUUGCCAUAGAGCCCACUCCUCACAGUGGUUGACAGGUUGCCCCCUGCCCCUCAGGAACGUCAAAGGAAAGCAUGAGAAAGCAAGUGCACGGAACUGCCAUCUCUCAAUACAAAGUUCUUCUUUCCUGUUCUGAUUGUAUCUUGUUGUACAGUAAGAGCUAAUAGUCACGGCACUAGAGGAUACUUGCAAUAAACAGCUUUGGCGGUUACCAAACACCUCACCUUUGCUUUUGCCUCUAACCUCAAGCCAUUUAUUGCUUCAUAUUCUCCAAUGCCAUGAACAUUAUCCCUUGUAACUGAGCCAGAGAGCAAAUGAUUUUCAAGGCAGGUUUUGACCAUUCAGUCUGCUUCAGUGACAUGCUGAGUAAAAAAACAUGUUCUCUAUAAAUGGAAAAGAGCAAAACUGCAUCCAGUUUUCUCGUUGGCCAAGCCUUUUAUCUUCUGCUUGUCUCUUGCCAGCAAGUGCUAACCUGUCCUAGACACCCAUAAACCUCCAAAUGCCUUGUCAAUGCCCUUUGGCGAGUUUCAUGGAUAUUGUGUUCUGUUCUCUUGUCUGUUGGGUUAUUUUAGACCAGAUGAUUUGGCAGGAAAUGUGCUGAAAUUUGUCUCUUGGUCUCAGUAUUUUGAAAGGUCACAGAGAUCAGUCUUUAAAUCUUUGCAUCUCAUGGAAGAUCUUCAUGACCUGAGAAAUGGACUUGUCGAGUCCUGAAAGUGUAUAUCCUGUGUCUUGUUUGUGAAAUGCUUCCUGCUAUAGAAAUAGCUCAAAGGACUGUACAUAUUUACAAGAAACUUUAUAUUCGUAACAAAAGGGAAUUGAAUCGGUUUCUACUUUUUUAUUGUAAACUGUGCAUUUUUCAACACUAGCUUUUUGUUUUAAUGGUGGUUGUGGACAGCCAUCUUCAGACAUUGGAGGGGCCUCAGCUUAAUCCUCCCAGAUCCCAUGAAGAAAUAUUGUAACAUUAAAUUGCAAUCGAAAGCUUGUUCGCAUUAAUGAGGUUUUAGGUAUCUAAAAGUACAGGAUUUUUCUUCAUUACCUUUUUAUUAUUGACAAGGGAGGGAAUCAGAGGUACAGAUCAAGCUCCACCUGGAAAAUAUUGAACUUUGUUGUUGAACAAUAACCAAAUAAAACAAUUAACUAUAUUAACUAGCAUGGUGAAAUGACCUUUUCCUUCCAUGUAGGGUACCACUAAGCCAUUCUAACAGAUCAGCCAUUAGCAGGAGCUACGUAAUUGAUAGGCGUGUAAGCUUAACUAAGAGCUCACCUUCAGAAUAUUCUGCCUUUUAGCAGACAUCUUCCCCUGAAAUGUGCUAUCAGAAAAUUAAAGCAUAUUGACUUGGAUUGAAACAGAGGUGGAUUUGUCCAGAUUUUUAACUAGUAGUGGUGAGCCCUUAGAUACACACCCAUUGGUGGUGGUAGAGAUACACGUGAAUAUCUUGAAGAAGAAUCCGGCCCCUGGCAAAUAACCCAGACACAAAAUUUCAGCUAGGAAUAAACCCCUUUAAUUGCCAACAGCAUAGGCUUAGGCAGCGGCGGCUGCUGCUGCUGCUCUUCUGCAGUGGUGUUUUAAUAGGAAGGGAAACAGUUAUUCAUCCCACCAUCUUAAUAUUCUGGUGCUGUAAUGCCUGAGAGCUGCAAUUUUUUAAAAGCCUACACAAAUAUAAUUCAGAUUGUACUCAAUCUGCCAAGUUACUGUACAUCUUAAUAACUUACACCUGGUGGGAAAACUCUCUCGAUCAGACUUAAAUGUAAAUACAACUAUUUUUAACUAAACAAUUUUUACAGGGUCUGAAGAAUUCUUUCACAGGAAGAGUUUUUAAUAUUCACUCUGCUGCCUGCGGUGACUUUUUAUUUCUGUCCUCCUACUGUUCAUUGCUUUUGUGCACAUAAAUACCCCCACCCUCCCUAUGAAGAGUUUUCUUGGUGGGCGUGUGGGAGAAUUACUAAUAGCUACUAUUACACUUUGGUCUACACAACAUUUUUCAUGGCAAUGUUCUGCAUAAAGCCAAACUGCUUGAUUUAUCUAUUGUGCCUACUACCUGAUGUAUCUGAUGAAAUGCUAACUUGUUAAAUGUUCCUUUAUUUCUAUUUUAAUGUGCACAAAGAAUACAUAUUUAAAACUCAUUGUUUCAGUCCUAUGAUGCAUGAUCAGAAUUGUAACAAAACUAAAAUAGUUCAGAAACUGGUGAAGUAAAAUAUUUAUUAAGCCUUUUGACUACCAUGAACACUGCACAAAUUCUCACUGUCACUGUGCUGAAAUUUACUGGAGAAAAAGCAUUGUGUCUAUUGCAGACUUGCUAAGGUUUACUCACAGGGAGGAAAGGGAAGGAGAGAUACUGCACCUACCUAUAGCUCUAGCCUCCUAGAAAUAGCCAAGAAACAACAGCCAGAAGUGGGCAUAUACAGUAGCUGCUACACUCGUCCACUUUGCACCCAGCUUCUCCUGUUGGAGGAAUUUAAUUUUAA